GUUGGGUUUUCCCCUUCAUCACUCGGCUGAAUUUUGAGCGAUACGCCAUGUAAUGUCUGCUGCUAGGGUAUACGAGAUUCCUGUGUGCACGCGAUGUCACAGCAAGAAAAUCCGGUGCGACCCUGGCCGUCCACGCUGCAGCCCCUGCGCACGAGCCGGAACAGCGUGCGAAUAUGUCCUGUCUCCUGGCUCUUCUGUUUGCUCUUCGCGUGAACACAUCUGUGAUUUAGAGAGUCGAUUGCAUAUGCUCGAAAUUGAUCUCGCGCUGUCACAGCUGGCCCAGAAACAUGCGCCUUCAGCGAGCAGCGGAAGCACCUUGAAGCUAACCACCGUGGUAAAGCUAAUUAGAAACUACUUUUGCUAUUCGCAGUUUCCAUACCCAAUCCUCAUCGAAGAUGAGUUUAUCAAACAGGUUGACCAAAUCCGUUCAAACCAUGGCGAUCUAUAUGCCAACGCGGAUACCAUCCCCGACAAGGUCUUUUUCAUGAUAAACAUGGCUAUGUCGAUCUCAUUAUUAUCGUUGAUUGGCCGUACGCCCAGAGCAGACUCACUGGCAGAAUAUGCAUAUACUAGAGCGAUGAAUCGGCUUGGUCGGAUACUUGUGGCCCCAAAAGAUGAUGAGACGGUGCAGUGCGUGCUGUUGCUGGUCCUGUAUUCGAUGCGACAUGACACUGACCUUGUAUCUCCGGGGUGCAUGUCAGAAAUGGCCAUACAGAUAUGCUUGAACCUGGGAUUUCAUAGCGAGGGCCACUCUUCGGAAAGUCGAAGGUGGCUUUAUUUAACCGCCUGGUCCAUGGAUCAAUGCUUCAAAGCAGUCUCAGUUAAUCCCGAUAAUCAAGUAUAUGCUCAGUUUCAUGCGGACGGGCAUUAUGGGCGAAAAUUAAUGCAUUAUAUCCAGCUGCAGAAAAUUAUCCAGAAAAUACGUUCGGAAUUAUACAUAUCUGGCAUCUUUCAAAGAGAAAUCAAAGACAGUCAUAAAGACCCAACCCAGUUUAUUGUCAAUACAACUCAGCAGCUGGAAGAAUGGAAACUGCAGACUCAACACCUGGAUGCUAUGGAACCAUACACAGCUAGUUGGUGGCAUCUAUGGUACCUGACCGCGGAACUACAUCUGAGUCGCCCAUUUUUGAAACAUCCUACCCGCGACCUAAUCCAAUUACAACGAUGCUACUCAGUAUCCACUGCAAUAAUCGACAUUUCCUUCACACAAAUAUAUAUUCGAUCCCACUUCCUAGCCACAUACUCGUGGAACGAUGCCCACAACAUCAUCCUAGCCGGGGCCACUCUUCUAUACAUCGUGUACAUCUCCAAAGAAAUGCUGGAGAAAGAUAUGCCAUUUAUCAGGAGACGCAUCACACAAUGGAACGCGGUUGUUAAGAGAAUUUUCGAGCACUGGCCGAGAGUAGCCAGAGCACAGAUGUUGCUACAAUGCUUGGCAACGCACACCCUACAGAGAUUCCUUCCACGUGGGACAGGCGCCCUGUUGGAAGAGGAGAGACAGAGGCCUUCUAAAAGGUCUAGAAUGAUGUCCAGCUCACAGCUAGACUGCCAGAGAUCUGUCUCGGCUUCUCCAGAAGAGGAAAGGUCUAGCGAUUUACCUAUCCCUGUUGCCAAAGUGCGAUCUAUUAUUUCACAAGACAAGUUGAAUACCCAGAAUACGGCCAGUAGUGGAUUUGCCAAUGAGGAAGAAGUCCUACUUCCUUCACAAAGCUUUAUAUCCGAGAAUACUUUAUGGAUUCUUUCCAUCAUUUUAGGGAUAAACUCAUCCGAAAACUUAUACGAAGGCUAUAUGGCGCAAUCAUCUGAUGGGACAGAUGAUUAUCAUAUUUUAAUGAGGCUCUUAGAUGAGCUGCAUCUAAGGAUGAAUUUGGUUUUAUGGUGAAUUAUUAUUUAUCUAAGCAGUGCUCUGAUUUUGGAAACUUUGCGAGAAUAGUUUCCUAUAAGAUACAGCCCAUUGUGUUGACACAGUAGGAUUCAAUGUAGCAUGAUAUUGCAAACUGAUAUCGUAGCUGUUAUAAACCCUUUUUUUCCCAGUCAAUUUUGAUCACCCACAUGUAUCUGGUAUACCCCAGCAAACAGUCUGUUCAUGAGUUGACACUAAUUGGUAUUGAUCAAUUGACUGUGUACUUAAUUCCUUCUGGUAGUUGAUUCAACCACUCCAGAUUCUUUAAUAGAAA